AUGUCUGCCGAUACCUUUGUGGAAGUUGGAGGGACCGGGAAGAAACUGUCCGAGAAGAAUGUCGCUGUUAAAUUUGCCGUUGAUUUCUUAGCUGGAGGCGCUUCGGCCGCCUUGGCAAGAACACUCGUCGCCCCCAUCGAUCGUGUCAAGUUAUUAUUGCAACUACAGGUGAGAAUUUACAUUAAUUAUUCAUCUGGUAUUCUGUGAUUUCAUAGGUCUUAUUUUAAGCAUGCCCAACAAACAAUUGCUGAAGACAAGAGAUACAAAGGGAUCAUUGACUGCUUCGGAAGAGUGUUCAGAGAGCAAGGCCCUCUCACAUUUUGGCGUGGAAACGGUGUAAAUGUGGUCAGGAUCUUUCCCCAACAGGCUCUCAACUUUGCUUUCAAAGAUGCUUACAAAUUAGGAUUCAACAAAGUGGGAUAAAUUAUUUUUAUUUUGAUGAUGACAGUGCAAUUAUUACACAGAUUUGUUCAGGAUGUUGAUAAGAAGACCCAUUUCUGGCGAUUCUUCGCAGGAAAUCUCUUAUCUGGAGGUUUUGCUGGAGCGACUUCAUUGUGUUUCAUCUAUCCUCUGGACUUUGCUCGUACUCGUUUGGCUACAGAUAUUGGAAAAGGAGAGGCCCGGGAAUUCCGAGGAUUCUCUCAUUGUGUAUCAUCAAUUGUAAAGACGGAUGGGAUCAAGGGAUUGUAUCGAGGCUUCAGCUCUUCUGUUCAAGGAAUCUUUAUUUACCGGUAAGUUACAAUCGCUGUACUAGAACUAUUCUGAUCAUAUGUUUUGAAACCUUAUGUAGAGAUUCAUAAUGCCGACAUUUCUUUGAGCGAGGGUUUGCUGUUCCCACUUCCAAAACGACUUGCUUCUGUUAGGGCUUCAUCCAAAGAAGUAAAAACUUGGUGACUAUCGAUUUGCAUGUCUAACUUUUUUAGUCCCCUGAGUAUAAAAUCUGCAAUUUUUUAUGCAAUCAUUAUAGCAUUUUUACCGUGGACGUCGACAAAAUAAACCAAACAGCCAUCUUUUCGCAGCUCUAGGAUAACGUCAUUAAACUGCUUAAGACCGACGUAAUCAAUGUCACACAUCGCAGCGCAAUCAAAAAUGAAUAUCUUAGGUUUCGGGGCGUGUGUUGGUUUGGGCCAUCUUAGAUAUGUCUGUCUGACUUUCUUCUUGAAGAUAGUAGCGUUUGUAAAGAGUAGCAUUGACUCCAAUCUAAAGACGGCGAUGUGUUCUGAUUCCGUAUUUUUAUUGAAUUUGGCAGUCCAAUAUGGCCUAAAUCAAUUUGAACUCAUUUUAAUUAUAUUACCAUUGCGUUCGAGCGGAGACAGCGAAAAGUUCAAAUAGUACACCAAUAGCCAGUCCGUAGAUGACAUCAGAUAAUAAGGAAGCACAGAAUGUGACCACCCAAAUCGAAAAAUCCCAUUUGCAUAAACGCCAGAGUUUAGGAAGCUCGAAAAAACCCAUGAAUAAAGACCUUAGAGCGAUAACCACGAUGGCUGCUAGGGCCGACUAAAUCAUGGUUUUUAUAUAAAACUGCAUCCCUUACCAAAGGCAAAUAGUACAUUAAAGGUCCAAACACUAACAGUACUGUUAAUACCAGUAGACCACUUACAAUAUUGCACAGCUGAACAAUCAAUUUUAGUUUAUAGAAUAAUAGUUUUCUUACCGGGGAACUACCUCCGCAUUCAUCGAUAAUAAAAGGUCGGCCAAGGCCGGUGGAUGGAGGGAAAACUGGGGCGAAUCCAACCAGGGAUAAGGUGAUCCCAUACGCAUAUAAUUCCUGGUUGUCAUCUAUCUCAUACUUCUUUUUGACACAGAAAAUUCGAGAUAAACUUAAAUGAACAGCGAUGAUGACUAUAGACAAGGCGAUUGCGUCGAAGAUUAGGUCUUGGAAAAGCGCCAAGCGCGGUAACCUUGGUGUAGGGAGGCCUGUGGGGACCGUUCCAACCACUCGAACGUUGUGAUUGACAUCUAUUUGUAGUAUGUAAGCAGUUGAAAUCAUCGUUACUACCUAAGAUUUCGUGAUAUUCGUAAAGUAACUCACCAAUAUUAGUUCAUAGGGUAUUACAAAUUUCUGAGAAGGCCAAAUCUUGGCUAAGAUUAGGGUUAGGAGGAAUUUGCAGAAGCACAAGUAUAGGAUUGAAACAACGAAGAUACCAAAUGUAACGAUAUUUGUAUUGGGCACUUCCAUUGCAACUUGGUAAAUAUUCUUAAGGAAUAUAGACAAAAUAUUGUUAGAUUACUUUAAACAUGUAACCAAAGCCAUGAGAAUGUGGUUUGGCAACUCCAAGAAUUGUAUCUAAUUGAGUAACCAACACUUGGAUCGCAGCUGCCGUAAUAAAUCCACUGACCAGAGCUUCGGAAAAGUAUUCAGCGAAGAAUUCCAGUUUCAAAACAGCGAAUACAAGCUGAAUUGCAAACAUUUAAAUGUGAAUUACUAAUUGCGAUUACAUACACAACAUAGACCGACAAGAAAAGUGAGUGUAGAAACAAUAACUGAGGGGUCCAGAUCUUCUACAUUGGCCAUAGGUAGAAGAGAUCCAUUCGGGAAUUCGUAUUUACUCAUAGUUUGUUCUUGGGAAGCCUUACACAUGACAGAUACGAUGGCAAAGGGACCGAGAGAUCCAUGCAUCCAAGAAGUAAAGAAGGGAAAGAUAACAGCUCCCAGGAAGGUUGAAUAGAGUCCAUUCACAGGGGGGAGGCCUGCUAGGAUUGCAUAGGCCAUGCCUGGAAGCGUCAAUAUUCGAUUUCUUAAAAUGGAAUUACCUUGCGUGAUAUUAAAAAAAGCGAUCAUUAUUCCAGCCAUCAGAUCCCCAAAUAACUGCUGUUUUAAAUUGUAUUUUGGUAUCCAUGAUAGAAAAGGAAAUAAGCUUGCCAGGGAAUGAAGGAAAUAAUCCAAAGAACUGAACGGCUUCACGUAAGAUUUUGCGACUUUUCUGGAAAAGUUUGUUAGGUAUAUCCAGAAAAAUCUGUUACCUCCAGGCCGGAGAAUUGUCUGACCCAAUAAGGCCAAAUUCCUCUGAAUCGAUUGGCUUUCCAUUAACGGAAACUCGUCGCAUCCUUAUUGAAGAUACGACGUCGUUUGGAGUAGUUUGACGUUAAAGUGAAACCAAAUUUGCAAGGUCUCGUGUGUGAGUUUUAGCCGAUAAAUAUUCAAAUCCUUUGCGUCAGAAUUUGAUUGCAGUUCUUUCAACCCGUCAUUUGAUAACGUACAGAUCAUACCUUAAAAGAGUGACUUUUAAAAUUUAGUCAUAUUUGUUGGCUGGAGUAAGACUAUCUUUGAUUUUGAUGAUUAUUAAUAAUUUAUCAGCGUGUGACCGAUAAAACUGUUUUUCACUUUCAGGGCAGCCUACUUUGGUCUUUUUGACACGGUAGUGGGAACGGUGGUCGAGGACAAGCGGAAUCUUCCCUUCCUGGGCGCCUGGGUGAUCGGUCAGUUCAGUGUGGUCAGCGCCGGCCUUGUUUCAUAUCCAUGGGACACUGUCAGGCGCCGGAUGAUGAUGCAGAGCGGCCGAACCGACGUCCUCUACAAUUCCACCUUGCAUUGCUGGGCGAAGGUAUGGAAAGAUGAAGGAGGAUUUAGAGCCUUCUACAAGGGUGCCUACUCCAAUGUACUCAGAGGAAUGGGGUCAGCGUUGGUGCUCGCCUUUUACUCGGAGAUCACAAAGUAUGCCUAG